UGGCAUUUUCGCAUCCUCCACAUCUUUGAAGUCGGUUUAAACCCUUUUGAUCUAUUUUGUUUCUUCACUUUUGAACGCUUCAUUUAAACUAGGGUAGUUGUUUUUUUAAGUGCAUCUUCUUUUAUAGCAGAGCUCCAUUUCAGUUUGCUGCGCGCAUCAUGUCUACGGAGUCCAGGAAGAGAAAAAAGGACGAUUGGCAUUCCAGCAAGCAGAUACGAAAACGUACACGCUACCUUUUCGACCAUCCUGAUGCAGAAAUUCCCAGUGAUGUUACGUUUCUGGUGGGUAAUGGCAUCGGAGAACCGAAGGAAACCUUCAAUUGCCACAAAUUCAUUCUGGGUUUGGUCAGCUCCAUGUUCCAGCAAAUGUUUUACGGCGCUUUUCCGCAGACAGACGAAAUUAUUUUAAUUCCUGACAUUUCUCCAACGGCUUUUAGAAUAAUGUUGCAUUACGCUUACGGUGAUAAUGUAGCGGACAAUCUGACGAUGGACAAUGUUAUGGACACUCUUUAUUGCGCCAAAAAGUAUUUGAUCGACAAACUGGCCCGCCGAUGUCGGGAUUUUGUUCAGCUGGAAAUUGGUGGUUCUACUGAGCGCGUCUGUUUUAUUCUUGAACAGGCAAGGCGCAUCGAAGAAGACGAGCUUGCCAUAUUGGCUUUGGCGGAAAUCGCGCAGUAUACUGACGACGUAAUGGAAAGUGACGCAUUUUUGACACUGUCCCUAUCAUGCGUGAGGACGAUUUUGGAUCAUGAUCAUCUUUCUUCAACAGAACCCACAAUUUACAAACAAGUUUGCCGUUGGGCAAGACACAACACUUUAAAAUCUGGUGCUUCUUUGCGGGAAUCCAUGGGAUCAUUGUUUGAUUCAAUUCGGUUCCCAGUGUUCACUAUAAAGGAGCUAGCAGAUGCUCAUGCAAAAGAGGAAGUAUUUGUUGGAAAUGAGGAAAGAGACCUCUUCCGCUAUCUUUGCGCGACAGAAAAACCGGACACCGCUUUCAUCAAAAUACCACGUGUGCCACCACCGACGUUUUGGUUUUGCCACGUUGAUUAUUUUUACAGUAGUCGGGAUGUUACACGGAAAAAGAAAUGUGGUUUCUUCACCAUUGAAAUGCGACCGGAUUUGGCACCCGAGUGCUGUGCCAUGUUGAAGGAGUUAAUCCAAGGAAAUUAUCACAUCCGCUUCGGUGAUUUCGAGAAUGAAUUCUCAAAGAAGCACAUGGGAAUGGGUCGCUUCGGGCUCAGUCAGAAACUUGUGCAGGAACGCAGUGUACUGUCGCAUUCUGCCACCGGAGCGGUGUGGUUUGAAUGGGAUCUUAUGGAGGGGACACUGACGCGAAAUGUACGGAUAGUCGCUUGGAAAAAGCCGUCGGCCGACUGUAGUGCGGUGUUCGGACGUGUCCAUGGAUCAUGCGAAGAUUUUCAGCAGUUUACAACUACGUUCAAAGGAACUGGGCGCAUCAGUAUUCGAAUGUAAUCACUCUCAUUGAAAUAUCUCAGUAAUGCUGAUUGCGUAUGGUACAGUACUCUCUCAAAGUGACGUGUAAACUUUCGUUUGACGGUGCUAGUAUUAUAAGUUAUACGUGCUAUUCGGUGCUAGUAUUAUAAGUUUUGUGAAUUCUACGGUGAACCCUGAUUGUGAAAAUGUGAUGUGUUUCGCAUGCUCUCGUAAUUGCAUUUAGCCGGUUUUUUGAUACUGACAAGUGAAUGCACAGUUUUUAACUUUUUAUUAUAGUCUGUAUUUAAAAGUGUGACGGUGGA